UCCGAAUCGGUCCAACAAGCCAGCAGCUCCAUUUCCAACUCGUUCCCUGGCCUCCGCCAAGGUCUUUCCACCCAAACGUCGGAGUCCAGAGUUUCAAGUUCAUUGGCAAAAACAAAGCGUGAGAACCCGGAGCAAGAACUUGACUUGGACUCGGAUCCAGCUUUAAAUGUUGAUGAUGAUGAUGAUGAUUAUGGUGAUGAUUAUGGUGAUGAUUUUACGGGCACAAACCACAGAGAAGUUCUGGAAGAUACAUCGGAACCACGUUACGAGAAUAUUGAGAUGGGGUUGAAGGCUGAGGAAGAUGGAAUUCGAGGUGUCAGAACUCACUCAAAUCGGAAUGUGAUGAACAGCGAGCUUGAUGGAGACUUGGGACAAGGAUCCUCUUCAUUACACACAGGCCCAGAUCCGGUAACCCGUUUGCAAGGGAAGACUGCUCCAGGGGACAGAUUACAUGAUGAGAAUAAUCCUUACGAUGACCCAUCUCUGAACGAUUUGAUUCCAGUUCCCGAAGAGAUGAAAGGACUGAGUAAUCAGACUUGUCCCGGUCUCACCAAUGUCGCCUCGGAGAAUGAACCGCUUUAUGAUGAGAUUGGACCUCAUGAAAACAUUCAGGCAGUGAACAGUUACGGGGAUGAUAAUGAGCUGACCACAUCCACAGACAGUGACGAGGAAGUGAUCAAACAGUUUGAAAUCUCUGUGUCGCGAUCCCAGAGCUUCCGUUCGACAGUGUCCGAGAAAGUGUCUCUGCCUGGUUCUCAGCGCAGACACAAAUUCAGCCGAUUGCCUUCAAAUCAUGAAGAGUACAGCACAGAGGCCUCUGAAGUUGAAGAUGUGGAGAAUGAACAGCGGCUAAGCUUCCAAGACGACUCUUAUCGGGAUGAUGAUCAGUUAUCUGUGGCUUCGGGCUGUGUCUUUGACACUGGAGAAGGUCACCAUGAGACUCCAGGCUUAGGGGCUGAAAGUCUGGCCUACAGUGAAAGCAGAGAGCCCGAUGAAGAAGGAAGUCCCGAUCAAGAGACCAACUUCAAUGAUCAGGUCUAUGAAGCGAAUGAUCAGACGGACAGCUCGUCAGUAUUGAGCCCAGAGGAAGUUGAUGGGAAGACCACAAGUCCUCAGAUACGGCAUGAACCAAUUUCCAAAUGUGGAGACCUCUAUUUCGUCUACACCUACAAAGCUUCCAGGCACAAGCUCACGGUGACCGUGGUGCUGGCUAAAAACAUCCCAGACAAGGACCGCAGUGGGGCCAAACUGUGGCAGGUCCACAUGGUCCUUCUGCCCAGCAAGAAGCAACGUGCCAGGUCCAGCAUUCAGAGAGGCCCCACACCGAUCUUCAACGAAACGUUCAGCUUCAGUAAGUUGGAGCCUGAGGAAUUGCACAGCUGUGCCCUGCGCUUCCGAUUGUACGCGGUGAAAAAGUUGAACCGGGAGAGAAUGAUGGGAGAGAAGCUUUUCCACCUCAGCAACCUGAGACAGGAGGUCGAUGUCGAAGUGACGCUGGUCUUGGAGCCUCGAAGCAACUUGAGUAGCGGAGACUCGCAGCUGAGCCUGUCUGCCGUCUCUCACAGUGACAGUGCUUCAUCUACUCAGUCACUUUCACAUGGUGGAGUUCCAGAGCUGCUGGUUGGACUAUCAUACAAUGCCACAACAGGGAGACUUUCUGUUGAAAUUAUCAAAGGCAGUCACUUCCGAAACUUAGCUCUGAACAGGCCGCCCGACACAUAUGCGAAGCUCUCUCUGCUGAACUCAGUUGGACAGGAGAUGUCUCGGUGCAAAACAUCUAUCCGCCGAGGUCAACCCAACCCCGUUUACAAGGAGACUUUCAUCUUCCAGGUUGCUCUUUUCCAGCUUUCCGAUGUCAUGUUAAUGAUCUCUAUAUACAACAGACGUUCCAUGAAGCGCAAGGAAAUGAUUGGAUGGAUCUCGAUGGGUCAGAAUAACAGUGGGGAUGAGGAACAGAACCACUGGCUGGAGAUGAAAGACUCAAAAGGCCAACAAAUCUGUAGAUGGCACACAUUGCUUGAGUCCUAGAUCACAGACUAAUCGAAGGACAAUAUAGGUGGCCUUUUACCUGUACAUUAUGACUGUAAGCGCUUCUCCACUGACGUGCACAGUGGACUUGCAUCCUACUAUAUUGCAAUACGCAAACUCUUUUGCUGAAUGUCUCUUUGAUACUUACAAUAAUCCUGUACCAUUUUGCUUUGCAAUUCCAGCCAGGCCACUUGCAAAACAAACAAUCGGAUGUUGCCCAGCACGAGUAGGUUUUUCAGCAGGUUGAAAGGUGCUUUGAUUAUUAGUUAAGUGCCUUCGGAGGAACUUCGUAACGACCCUAUAAUAUAACAUUAACAACCAAGACAAAUCAGUAAUUAAGGCCAGCAUGCAGUAAAAUAUUCACUGUUGCUAUAGAAAUACAAAGCUGCAUGACACAUUCACCCUUCUACUUACUUUUCAUUACUUAGGGCUGUGCCAUGAAUACAUAGAUACCUGGAUUUAUUUUUCACUUUUUCUAUAAAAAAAGCUUCCUUCGACUAAUGGUCUUCGGUUUAUUCUCUUUUGAUGGCAACAAUUUUUCAUUGAUGCCAGUAAAAGUUUUUUUUUCUCCCAACCACGCAUUCCUUUGCUACUUCACGAAUCCCAUUGUAAGAUAGGCGGAGGAGCAAAAACAAAGACUUUAAUGGGUCAAAUGGCCUCCUUCUGUUUAGAUUUUUAUGGUAGAUCCAUUCCCCCCACACUCAUGUUUCUGCAUUGAGCAGUGAAAUUUGAAAAGCUAGAAUGAUCAAAUGCUUCAGUUGCAAAGAAAGGUUCAUCAUGUCCUUUGCACAUCAUGUAAGGUUGUGGCUUGGGGAGUAAAAAUAUACAUUCUCUUAGACAUUAUCAGGUUAUGGAUUAAGUUGUCAGGAGUGUCUGUUAGACUAGAGUUGAUUGGGGGCAUUUAAGAGAUUAUUUGAUGAAUUCAUGCAGAGGAAAACUGGUGUGGGGUAGGUGGGGAAAGAGCAAAACAAUGGAAUGAGGAUGGAUGGCAUCUUGGAGAAGCAAACCCUAAAUAGAUUGAUUGGUCUCCUAUCAUGGCGUUCAUUUCUGUGGUUCUAUCGCCUGUUACAUGGGUGAAGUGGAUCAAACCAUUUCCAUGGUGUAGCACAAAACUACACAAUGGUGGAUUUGACUGUGCUGACAAAUGAUCUGAGAUAACUGAUGCGGUCCGAGGAAACCAUAGGCUGCUAUAGUUGGGGAGCUCAAGGAGGGGGGGCGGAAAUCACCUCUAAUAAAAUAGCCUGCCAACAGACGCCAAAUUAUCUCACAGUAUGUAAAAUGGUCUUGGACAGAGGAGGUCUACAGAAUCCCUUGAGACUUCACUCCAGCAAGAAUCAGCAUCUUCAGCAGAGGAGAAGACGGGCAACAAAAAACCUCUAAAUAGCAGGAACCACUCCCCGCAGUUCUCCACUAUUACAUGUUCAGAUUGGGUAAGCCAUGCUUAGAUAAGCAGCGUGGGUCUGCCUCUGUUUGGAGGGUGCACACUCCGUACCAGACAAACUGAAACCAUGAACUCUCAGUGUGGAACUCUCAGUCGUCGCAUGGAAAUGGGCCACUCGGCUCAAUCAGUCCCUGCCCGUGUUUAUACUCUACCCGAGUCUUUCCCAUUCCUCACUCCUUCCCAUAACCUUCUAAUCCCCUCUUCCCUCAUGUGAAGGCCUAGCUUCCUCUCAAAUGCAUCUACACAAGGGUUGUCCCAAUAUGUCAGCCAUGAGCCACAUGUGGCUAGUUGAGUAUUCAGACCUGGGCUAAAUUGCGAUUUUGAUCAGUAAAUAAAAAUACGAGUAUUGGUUGGGCAUGUGAUCUCAAACUCCUAUUCGCACGGUGUACGCAUGUAUACUUUGACCUUUCUGUGCGUUGUGUUGGUAAAACGGU